AUGGCGCCCACGAGGACACGGACAGUCAAGAACAAGCACGCGGCGGCCAAGGGUGGCAGCGGCGGUGCUGGUGCGGCAGGGGACAAAGGUGGCAAGCGAUCCGCCACCGGAGCUGGCGUUGUCAAGCGCAGGACGGGCAAGCCCAAGAGCGGUCCCCCGCCGUCGCAGCAGGUCAAGGAGAAGAACGCGGCGGCGCUCGUGAAGAAACCCAAGAAGAAGGUGUACACGGUGGAGGAGCUCAACAUACCGACGCUCAACAUGAUCACGCCCGUCGGCGUCGUCAAGCCCAAGGGGAAGAAGAAGGGCAAAGUGUUUGUCGACGACACGGACAGCAUGAGCACCAUCCUCGCCAUCGUGCAGGCAGAAAAAGACGGGCAGAUCGAGUCCAAGAUGAUCAAGGCCCGCCAGAUGGAAGAGAUACGCGAAGCGAGGAAGAUCGAGGCGGAGAAGAAGGAGUCCGAGAAGAAGUCGAGGCUCGAGGACACGAAGCAGUCGCUGCGGAAGAAGAGAAAGAGAAGGACGACGGGCAAGGACGACAAGGAGGAGGAGUCGAUCAAGAGCCUCGCCUCGGUCGGCUCCAAGGCGAUCAAGGCCAAGAAAAAGGUCGCCUUUGCGUGA